CUGGAAUGGAGGAAGGUGCACAGCUCUGAAGAUUGCUUGAGAGAAACCUGCUGACAGAAAAGUUGCUCCCCUUUCUCCCUGCCACCUUUAGAGCCGGGUGGGUGCCAGCAGAUGUUGGAUGCCAUGGUCAUGCUGCUGGGGCUGCUGCUGGCCCUGCUGGGCUUCGCCCCAGCGCCAGACCCUGCCCUGGAGGAGGCCUGGGAAGAGUGGAAGAGCUUCUACGCCAAGGAGUACCCAAGGGAGGCCGAGGCCACCCGCAGGGAGGUCUGGGAGAAGAACCUGAGGCGCAUCCAGCAGCACAACUGGGAGCAGUCGCAAGGGCAGCACGCCUUCCGCCUGGCCAUGAACCACUACGGGGAUCUGACAGAUGAGGAGUUUAACCAGCUCCUGAACAGAUUCAUCCCAGCAGAGCGAGAGGGGCUGGUGCAGCUCUUCCAGGCAUCAGCAGCUCGGAAGACCCCAGCAGAGGUGGACUGGCGGGCAAAGGGUUACGUGACGCCUGUGAAGAACCAGGGGCACUGUGGGUCGUGCUGGGCAUUCAGUGCCACAGGAGCCCUGGAAGGGCUCGUCUUCAACAGGACAGGGAAGCUGGUGGUGCUAAGUGAGCAGAACCUCAUCGACUGCUCCCGAAAGCUGGGCAACAACGGCUGCCAUGGUGGCUACAUGACCCGGGCCUUCCAGUAUGUGCACAAGAACGGCGGCUUGAACUCAGAGCACGUCUACCCCUACACGGCCAUGGACACCUCCAGCUGCCGAUACAACCCCCAGGACAGGGCGGCCAACUGCUCCACCAUCUGGAUGGUGGACCAGGGCAGCGAGGCAGCACUGGAGCAGGCGGUGGCGGCUGUGGGCCCUGUGUCUGUGGCAGUGGAUGCCAGCAGCUUCCAGUUCCACUUCUACAAGUCGGGCAUCUUCAGCAGCGUGUUUUGCAGCCAGUGGGUGAACCACGGGAUGCUGGCUGUGGGCUAUGGCAUGAGCCAGGAGCACGGGCACAACGUGAGCUACUGGAUCCUAAAGAACAGCUGGUCGGAGGUGUGGGGUGAGCAGGGCUACAUCCGCCUGCUGAAGGACGGCGGCAACCAGUGUAGGGUGGCCAGCCAGGCCAGCUUCCCCAUGCUGUGAGCCAGGACAUUCUGCCCUCACUGGGUGUCUC